AUGGCACACAACCAGGAGCCUCUAGACAAGACCCCUGUCAUCAAAUUCAAUGGCCAGGACUUUAACUCCUUGUGGGAUCGUUGCCUAAGCAGAGGCCUACCAUUUGAGGAUGAGACAUUCCCUGCAGAGACUUCUUCCAUAGGUCUGAAGCUGCUCCAGGGAAAAAACCUCUCCAGCCUGAGGUGGAUGCGGCCAAAGGAUAUAUUAAAGGGUAUAUCAGAGCCUCACUUCAUCCUGGAAGGUGCAAGCAGAUUUGACAUCCAACAAGGAAAGGCCGGAGAUUGCUGGUUCCUGGCAACGCUGGGCUCCUUGACACAGAACCCACAGCAUCUACAGAAGAUCCUGAUGGACCAAAGCUUUUCACACCAGUAUGCAGGGAUCUUCCGUUUCCGGUUCUGGCAGUGUGGCCAGUGGGUGGAAGUAGUGGUUGAUGAUCGCCUACCUGUCCUGGAUAAGGAGUACCUCUUUGUGCAUCCUCGCAACAACAACCAAGAGUUUUGGCCCUGCCUGCUGGAGAAAGCUUAUGCCAAGUUUCAUGGAUCCUAUGCCAACCUGCAUUACGGCUUCCUUCCUGAUGCCCUGGUGGACCUCAUGGGAGGGGUGGUCACCAGCAUCGACCUGCACUUUCCUUCUGACCUGGUAAUGAUGGUGAAGACAGCAGCCAAGGCAGGCUCCCUGAUGGCCUGCGCCACCCUGGCCAAGCCGACAGGUGAGGCCAGGAGAAUGGAGAACGGCCUGGUCAGUCAGCAUGCCUACACCGUGACUGGAGCCGAGCGGAUUCAGUACGGGAGGAGUUGGGAAGACCUUAUCCGCCUGUGGAACCCCUGGGGCAACACCGAAUGGAGAGGACGCUGGAGUGAUGGGUCUCUGGAAUGGCAGAAAACCCACGACCAACAAAAAAGACUGCUGUAUGAGAAUAAGGAAGAUGGCGAGUUUUGGAUGUCAUGUCAAGAUUUCCAAGACAACUUCUCCUGCCUGUUUGUAUGUAACCAAUUUCCAGUCAGCCUAAACCAAGGAAACAUGCCUCAUAAAAUAUGGUCCCAAAUGAUGUUUAAGAACCGUGCAACUCCAGGAAACACCACAGGACUUCCGAGGGACACGCAGUACAUCUUCUCUGUGCCAGAGGGCAUGGAAAGCAACAAUGUCAUCAUAUCCGUCAAUGUCAGGCUGCAAAAUUUAAAGGCAAAAGACAAAUUUCCACUAAGCUUCAAGGUGUUCAAGGUCGACCCUCAGUUCCAGCCCUUCUGGAAGAGGUUGCCACCCACCUUCUUUUCUCAGUUCAGAAAUGCUAUCGAGGGCAUAGUUUUUAAAACCAAGAGCAACCUCACAAAGUACUUCAGUCUGAGUACUGGGACCUACGUGGUGGUCACCUCGGCCCACAGUGAAGCAGUUGAGUUUUUGCUCCGAAUCUUCCUGAAAAUGCCAGAUGGUGACAGGAAUCUGGGCAGCAAUUUCAGCCUUACAGCUCCAAAGGCAAGUCUUCUGGAAAAUGGCUCCCAAGAAAGCAUCUUCCACAGAUAUGCUCAACAGGGACUGAACAUGGAUGCCACCCAGCUUCAGAGCCUUCUCAACCAGGAGUUCCUGAAAGGAACUCCAGGGGACACGUUCUCUUUGGAUGAGUGCCGGAGCAUCGUGGCUCUGAUGGAUCUGAAAGUGAAUGGGCGGCUUGAUCAAGAGGAGUUUGCAAGGCUGUGGGGCCGGCUUGUCCACUGCCAGAGUGUUUUCCAGAACACCCAGAAUCGCUCUGGAGUUUUCCUGAGUUUGGAUUUGUGGAAGGCUAUAAAGGAUACAGACUUCCUUGCAGGGACCUCCAUCAGCAGUGAGCUGCUGGAUCUCAUGACCCUCCGGUACAGUGACAACAGCGGCAGGGUCAGCUUCCCUAGCCUGGUCUGCCUCCUGUUGCGACUUGAAGCCAUGGCGAAGACUUUCCGGAACCUCUCCAGGGAUGGAAAACGACUCUACCUGACAGAAAUGGAGUGGAUGAACCUGGUCAUGUACAACUGA